AUGUCACAUCACUGUGAAGACGAGCACCACGAUCAUAGUCACGGCCAUGAUCACGAUGCACCAAUUGCUACGAACCCAAACCAGUCUCUGUACAGUAACAUAGACACAGCGAAUGUGAGAUGUUUCAAUACUGUAACACUUGGAUUGCCUAGGCAAAUGGAGGCGUACAAGUCUUUUCUGAAAGAUCAGGAUUCGAAAUUUAACUGUUCCUCCUAUUUACAAAGCGAUGCGGAUUGUCAGAUGAUUAUCCAUAUCCCAUUUGUGGGAAAUUGCAAACUUUUCUCAUUGAUACUUCGAACAAAUGCCAACGAUCACGAAAGUGAACUGAACUCACCACGGACUAUCAAGUUAUUCAAAAAUUUUAAUCAAAGUGUUGACUUUGAUACAUUGCAGACCCGCAAAGAGGAUUAUAAGCUGGAGCAUCCUGAAAAUGUUGGGCUAAGAGACAGUAGAGUGGAAACAAACGAUGAUGAGAACACCUUCGUAGAGCACUAUCUUCCUCGUAGGAGUUUUCAGAAUUGCUCCUCACUGACUCUUUUUGUGGAGGACAAUUGGUCUGGAAAUGAGGAUGAAUACUGUAGAUGUUAUUACCUAGAGAUCAGGGGUGAGUUUUCUGGUCACAGAGUUCUCAAUAACGGCGUUCCUAUAAUCAACGCCUAUGAAGCAGUUCCAAAUCCACUAGAUCACCAAAAGCUAGAGAACGAAGGCGACGAAAUAGGCCUGGGAUUCUGA